GCAAACAACAGGCGAGAGAGCCGAGUCACUCCGACAGCGAACCAGACCUGAGGAACUUCUCUCUCCUGCCGCGGACGAAGCCUCUUCACCAUGGGGAGGAUUGGCAAGGAAGUGGCAGGCCAGGUCAUAAGCUUCAUAGGCCUCGUUGGGGUGUCGGUGACCUGCGGUGUCCCCAUGUGGAGAGUGACCUCCUUCAUCGGAGCCAACAUCGUGACAGGCCAGAUCAUAUGGGAUGGCCUGUGGAUGAACUGUGUGAUGCAGAGCACCGGGCAGAUGCAGUGCAGGCUGAAUGAAUCCGUGCUGAGGCUGACCCCUGACCUGCAGUCUGCAAGGGCGCUGGUCAUCAUCUCCCUUGUCUUCGGCUUCGUCGGCUUUAUAAUCACAUUCAUUGGAGCUAAGUGUACAGGCUGCUUGAAGAAAGAUUCAUCAAAGGCCAAGGUGGUGAUCAUCGCAGGCUGCCUCAUCAUCGUCGCCGCCGUCCUGAUACUGAUCCCCGUCUGCUGGUCCGCGGCGGUCACCAUCACAGACUUCACGAACCCCUUGACCAUCGAGACGCAGAGGAGGGAGAUCGGAGCUUCCAUCUACAUCGGCUGGGCCUCUGCUGCACUUCUUCUGAUCGGUGGCAUCAUCCUAACCACUUCCUGCCCUCCUCAAAGACCCGUGUAUGGAUAUCCAGGAUACCCACCGGCACCGGGGUACCCAUACACAGGCCCGGCAACAUACGCCCCUGUGUAUGCUCCUCCAUCAAGCCAGCCCUACACAGCCACAGGGACAUACGUACCCAGUAAACCAUAUGCUGCACCGACUACUUAUUCUGCUAGACAGUACCUUUAAAACUGAAGGGACAGAGUGAAAUUUCUGCCGUGAUUACUUCACGAACUUGAGUUGCCAUUAGAAAGCAAAACUGCACCAAAACACACACUGUAUGUCUGUAAGAUGGUAUGUAUUCCAAUGCAUUGUAAAAGAUAAUUCACUGAUUAUUCUGAAUCUUCCUUAAACUGCUUUCUGUUGUGGAUGAUUUUUUGUUUUUAGUUCAAAUAGAAAACUCUGUCGCGUGUGAAGCACUGACAUGAGAGGUAUAUUGUGCCAUCAUAGCUGUGUUCACUGAGAGUCACUGUCAAUAUAUUUAUUUCCUUGUCGUACCGAGCAUAUUAUGUAAAUAGUGAUGAUUUGUGACAUGUUUGUUUUCUAUUAAAGCCACUUUAUUUUUGAGAUUGCUGACAAAAAUUUCAAUAAAAAUGUUUGUAAUGUA